AUGAGGUCGUCGGUGAGGGCCGUUCUUGUGGACCGGCAUGUAGCCCAGGCGUUGCUGGGUGGAGUGAAAUUUUACCCUGGUCUUGGUGUAUUUGACUAUGGGUAUUUUACGGCCGACCGUGUAGCUAAAUCCCAUCAACACCUUCUCCCUAAGUGCUGUUACGUGCAGGCGUAUAACCCCGCGGUGCACAUCCUUCGCCGCGGUCUCAAUGAAACAUCCGUGUUCACGUGGCUGUUGUUGGGCGGUGAUAGUUGUCGGGAAAGCCGAAUGGCUUCCCUACGGCCUAUCGGCAACUGUGCCGCCCAAUUAAUCGCCGCGUACAGGGCGUUUCUGAGGGACGCGGUGCGGGGCUUGGGCGUCCGGUUCGAGUGUGUGGUCAGUGGUGACACAUCGUGUGAGGUGUUGUCGCUGAUGGCCACAUACGGAACUCGGAUGUCCGAGUUCUGUGUCACUAACGGGUUGCUCGUGUGUUCAACGAAGGAUUGGCCUUACUACGUCAAUUCCUUGAUGUUGAACACACUGAGUCAGCUUGUGGACGUUGUCGAGAAGUUGCAGACGGCCAACUUCCACAACCAUUUGCUAGCCACCGUAUAUGACGCAGAACUGAUGCUCAGGUUCUGGGCAUUUGGCGAGGCGAGGUUCCUGGACCACAAAAGGGUUUCCGCCAUAUUCCCAUGUCGGCAGUUGGCCCCCGGGAGCAGGAAAAAGAGUCGGCGGGACGACGAUGGAUUCGUCCGGUUUGUCCCCUCACUGGCCGGAAAUUUCAACCGGGUAAUGCCGGGUGAAAUUUUCGGGCACGUACCAGUUGGUCCGUUCGUGAGGGUCAUACUGGCCGAAGUAUUUUCGUCCCUCACCGUCGACUUGUUGUGUUGCCCGGCCGAAGAAGCAGCAGAAUGGUGGCUGACUACCGCCGCCAGAAUGGUGGACGUCGAAUGCGGGAUGAGUACACCAGCGUCAUCCGCUACGGCGUUCACCAUAAAGCGGCUUGUUGUCGAGUACGGUCGUCGUAGUGUCACUUCGUUGGGUAGUCUCAAUAUAUCUGGCACAGUGAAAUACGCGACCGUACUUGAUGCUUUUCAGCGGCCUAAUGUGUACAGGCUGGCUAUCCUGUACACUUUAGUGUCUCGCCGGUCUGACUUGGCUGAUGUACUUAUAAACUUGGAGUGCCUCAUCAACCGGUAUGUGGAAGUCAUACCGGUCGUUUUGUUGAUGGCAAAUUCACAUCGCCAGUUAAGCGACUGGAGGUAUGUGGCUGAGAUUGACCCUCGCUCUAAGAGGGUCACGCAAACUCGCGCAGAGUUACAUGAGGCUGGUGCGCCUCAGUCGCUCGUGCGCUUAUGUUGA